CGUCUCCUUGGCUCCAGCCCCUCACGGCCUCCCUCUGGGGCCCCAGCAUUCAGGACGGGCUGAGGAACCAUGUCCCCUUCCCUGUCUGCCUGCUUCUGUCUUGGGCUGUGUCUGGGGCAAGUGAUACAAGCUCAGAUGGACCCAUUCCCCAAGCCCACCCUCCGGGCGGAGCCCAGCUCCCUUGUGCCCCAGCAUACGCUGGUGACCCUGCGUUGCCAGGGGCCCCCAGGGGUGGACCUGUACCGCCUGGAGCAUCUGGAAUCCAGGAAGUAUUAUGAGAGGCAGGCAGUCCUCAUCAUCAAAGCUAUGACAUCGGAUUAUGCGGGACAGUACCGAUGCUCCUAUCAGAAUGGGAGCCGCUGGUCUCCCCCGAGUGAGACGCUGACGUUGGUUAUCACGGGAGUCUAUGAGAAGCCCAUGCUCUCAGCGCAGCCCGGCCCGGCUGUAUCCCCAGGAGGUGAUGUGACUCUGCAGUGUAAGAGCAAAUACAGUUUCGACCAGUAUGCUCUGUGCAAGAAGGGGGGCAAGGGACAAAAGAAGCAAACAGAGAUGUGGUACCAGGCUGAUUUCUCGAUCAUCACGGUGACGGCGGCCCACAGUGGGACCUACCAGUGCUACAGCUUUUCCAGCAGCACCCCCUACCUGUGGUCGGCCCCCAGUGACCCCCUGGAGCUCGUGGUCAGAGAGACCACUGUGACAACCCACUCAGUACCCACAGCAGCACCUUCUGCUGUCACAGAGCCUUCUAGGAAGAAUAUCAUCAUCUCUACACAGGGGACAAGCAUUCCAACUGGUGUCUCCCACCAGUACUACACCAAGGGUAACCUGGUCCGGAUAUGCCUUGGGGCUGUGAUUCUCCUUCUCCUGGCAGGGAUCCUGGCAGAAGACUGGUACAGCCAAAAGAAAUCCCUGCAGCACCAGGUCCGAGCUAUCCACAGGCCACUGCCACCCCUCCCACAGACCCAGAAAUGAGUCAUUAGCAUGGGGGUCGACCAGAUGGCCGUAAUGAUGGUUGCUACCAUUAGAAUCCCAAGACUCUCUUGUAUCUAAGAGAUAGGUCAUGAGAGCUGGGAGGGGCCCUAGAGUGCGUGUGGAGUGUGUGGGGUAUGAAAGGAAUAUGAUAGAAGCUACCACUGUGGAACAGGAGGGUGGGGGGUGCUUCUUGAUGGCGCUCCACCAAGGAGCUGCUGAGUCAGUGUCUAUUUAUUUGGCUUUCUGUUGGAGGACUCCCUCUGUUGAAAUGAAAGGAGUCUAAUGGAUGCCGAAGUCUCCUCACUGAUAUUUUGUACAGUGUGGAUCUUAUGGCUCCUUCACUGGACAUCAUACUUCCCUAUUUCUUCAACCUUCCCUCAGACAGGCUCCGGAUUGACCUCUGUAUUUGGUCAGACUCCAUGAAUAAAUGCAACCCCCUUGGCCCCAGCUGGGUAGCUCAGUUGGCUA